AUGGCCGAAGGAGGGGUGGGAAAAAGUGGAGCGGACUCUGCGACGUCGCCCGAGCAGGUAGAGGAGACAGAGCCUCAGCAAGGCGCUGGCCACUGUAAGUGGUUUAAUGUACGAAUGGGCUUCGGAUUUAUAUCGAUGACCAGUCGCGGAGGAAAUCCUGUGGAUCCUCCGUUGGAUGUAUUUGUACACCAAAGUAAACUCUUUAUGGAAGGCUUCCGCAGCCUGCGGGAGGGAGAGGAGGUGGAGUUCACCUUUAAGAAGUCCUCCAAGGGCCUGGAGUCUUUGUGGGUUACAGGACCUGGAGGUUGUCCUUGCUCAGGCAGUGAGAGGAGACCCAAAGGGAAAACAAUACCACAAAAACGAAGACCAAAGGGAGACCGGUGUUAUAACUGUGGAGGUCUAGAUCAUCAUGCCAAAGAGUGCAGCCUCCCACCCCAGCCAAAGAAAUGUCACUACUGCCAGAGCAUGACGCACAUGGUGGCUCACUGUCCGCACAGGACACCUAUGCUAGCUGCCACUCAGGGAAGAUACAGCACUGAUCCAUAUCCCUCUACCUCUGCCCUGGCGCCGUGUCCACAUAGCCCAGAAACCGGAGCCAGGACCUCCUACCCUCCCCUGGAGAGUUCUCCGCUCAGCAAAUCCUCCAGCUCACCAGAUGACUCAGCACCCAAAGAAUUUUCUGUUCAGAAGAAGAAAAGAACUUGA